CUGACCAAAAUUGUUGUUGCUCAGGUGUAUCUUUUACUUAGCACCAUCAAAGAGGAUAAGGAUCGCGCAAAGUGGGAGCUUCAAGUUGAACAACUAAAAAAGCUCAUCGAUGAAAACGCCGACGCCAUACUAUCCACAAAUUUCCUCACAUUCAUGGAUAUCCUCUCUCGGCCAGACAUCGAAGCCCACGCAGACCUUACCCCUCAAUUUGUGGCUCUCAUCGUUGAUCGAUUUCUCCAAUACCACCCUCCUAAUUUCAAUGCUUCUUCCCGCCGAGAUCUACAAACCCACGCUAUGCAGCGAUAUCUCACAGUAGACCAGACUCCACCCUCCGAGAUCCUCGCCGUCUUCGACAUAACUCGAGUUUUGGCAGAUCGGCCUAGCAACGCGCUGGCGCGGUACAUUCAAAAGAUCGGCUCCGAUUUUGUUCGUGAUGAGGAUACUUGCACAGCUUAUUUGCAAAAAGGUCCGAAUGAUAUCAACGCGGAACAAGUGUCUUCAGCCUUGACCUUUGUCACAAUUAGCCGGGCACAACCGUAUGAUCCCAGCAUUCUCGUCCAAAGUUUGCUUCGCCUCGUCUCGCCAUCGUUUGAUUGGACGAGUGUGGUUUUAUUGUUUGAUCAACCAUCUGCUCGAAUCUCAUCUACCCAAUUCCUCAGACUCUACAAGGCUUUGCUUCCUAUCGCCGAGGACCCGAGCAAGAACUUCGAUAUUCAACGACUGUGGGGAGGUGCGUGGAACGAGCCUGAAACUCAGCUAUCAUUUGUUUGUGCCUAUGCGUCUCUCAGCCCCGAAGAGUUGGAUGCAACUACGAUCCCAGGUCUCCAUCGAAGUAUCACCCUAGAAGACUAUGCCGACUCUCCUGCUAAGGUUCAGGAACGAGCCGCCAUAGCAGUGAAGCAUCCUCUUGUUUCGGUCGCAGCUCUCUCAUCUAUCUUCAACGUUGCUCUCAACUCCGUUCAUGCGUCUCAAAGUGUCGAAGCAAAACGGCUUUUCCAAGAGGUCGUCGUUCCAAACCUAGAUAUUUUUCUUGUCUCGGCCUUCGAGGUUCCUAGACAAUCGUGGGCUUCUAUGGCUGUCGACACCUUAAGCUCACUAUUCGAGACCUUCCUCUACAAACGUUCUCCGGAAUACGAUUUCGUGCUGGACAGUUUAUGGAGAAAGGAUAAGGAAUGGGUUAUACAACGGCUUAUUGAUGCACAUGCUGUGAAGCCUGUGGAUCUUCCUCUUGUCUUCGAGCACGCCGUCAAGCACAACUGGCUGGAUGAGCUCGUUUAUCUGCCCAAUGGUUUCGGUAUCGAUUUGGCAGCGCUCGCUCACGCCGAAGAGUACCUCGAUCUCGGCAAGUGGGCUCGUUUCAAUGCUGAGAGAAGUAAUGAGAUGUCCAGGACCCUACUCCAAUUCUUAAUGAUCAAAGCGAACCUUGAGAUUCAAUAUCAACGUCCACCCGAAGGCCAAAUCCAGGUUAAGACAAGCACCACUCUGCAAGUUCGAACUGUUUCCUCGCUUCUCCAAAUCCUGGAGGAUUUCCUUCCAAAGGCCCCGGUGCAGGAUCUCAUUCUAGUCCAACGCCACUGUAUCACAGCAUACCCUCGUCUUAUAAAUUAUGGCGAAGGCUAUGAUGACAUCGUUGAUGCUAAUGGCAGCGAAGGUAAUGCAUUGCCCCCAGCUGCCAACAGCAAAAUGGAGGAGCAUUAUAAGAAGAUGUACGGCGAUGAGCUUCAGGUACGCCACAUUGUUGACAUCCUAGACACUUAUAAGCACUCCCGCGAUCCAUUAGACCAGGAUGUCUUUGCCUGCAUGAUUCAUGGUCUGUUUGAUGAGUAUAACCAUUAUGUGGACUAUCCCUUGGAGGCUCUUGCCACAACAGCCGUACUCUUCGGUGGUAUCAUAUCGCACAAAUUGAUAUCGGACCUACCCCUUAAGAUUGGAUUGGGCAUGAUCCUGGAAGCCGUGAGAGAUCAUCUUCCCGAAGACCCGAUGUACAAAUUUGGUCUACAGGCAUUGAUGCAACUAUUCGUGCGAUUCCGAGAAUGGCCCGGGUUCUGCCAACAACUCAUCCAAAUUCCAGGCCUUCAGGGAACAGAUGCGUACAACAAGGCCGAAGAAGUGGUUCGCGAUCAUGAGGAGGAAGUUAGCCGAGGACACAACGGCACCGCUACCCCUCGAGGCGCCGGAUUUCCAAGCGAGCCCUUACUUAAUGGUAAUAACGAUACUUCCACAGCUCUGGAUCGCCAAUCGCCCGCAUUUAAUUCCCUAUAUGUCGAGCCUAUUCCCCCGGGAGCAGAUUUCGAAGAUCCAGGGGAGGAGGCGCAAGAUAAGAUUCAGUUUGUGCUGAAUAAUAUCACCGAAUCCACGAUACAGGCAAUGUGCAGUGAACUCAGGGAUAUGCUUGAGAAGAGGCAUCAACAAUGGUUCGCUAGUCAUCUUGUUGAAGAGCGAGCCAAAAUGCAACCCAACUAUCACCAUGUCUACCUAGAGCUUAUCAAGCUUUUCCAGGAUUCCUCGCUCUGGUCGGAGGUACUAAGGGAGACUUUUGUUAGUGUUGCACGCCUUCUUAACUCCGAUGCUACGAUUUCCAAUUCUACAGAGAGAACCCAUCUUAAGAAUCUUGGAGGUUGGCUCGGCCUCCUUACUCUGGCGCGCGACCGGCCAAUCAAACAUAAGAACAUAGCCUUCAAGCAACUCCUGAUGGAAGCGCACGAUACCAAGAGGCUGAUUGUCGUAAUACCUUUUGUUUGCAAGGUUCUUAUCCAAGGUGCAACCUCUCCAGUGUUCCGGCCGCCCAAUCCCUGGCUUAUGGAUAUUAUCCACCUUCUCAUCGAUCUGUACCAUCACGCGGAACUCAAGCUGAACCUCAAGUUCGAAAUUGAAGUGCUUUGCAAGGGCUUGAAUCUGGACCACAAGAGUAUUGAGCCGUCCGGCGAGAUCCUCAACAGGCCAUCGUUGGAGGAGCCUGCAGAUAUUAUUCCACCCGAACAGGUUGAUGCCUUUGAGAAUUUGUCCCUCAAUGGUCUGAGUUCCACCGUCCCAAGCGGGUUACAAACCCAGUCGGUGAAUAUCCCAGAUCUUGGGCCUUUGAUAACCGUUCCUCCUGCCAACGAGAUGGUCAUUAGCACCAAUCGCCUCCACGAAAUAGUGUUAUCCGCACUUUCCCGGGCUCUUCACGAUAUCAUUCAGCCAGUGGUUGAUCGAUCCGUCACGAUAGCUGCGAUUUCUACCAUCCAGAUGAUCCGAAAGGAUUUUGUGACUGAGCCAGACGAAAAUCGCGUGCGAACCUCAGCAAUUAACAUGGUUAAGGCAACGGCUGGAAGUCUUGCCCUUGUUACGUCCAAGGAACCUCUUCGGGCCAACCUGACGAACUACAUUCGCAACAUGGCUAACGACCUCCCGUCAGGUCUUCCCGAGGGAACAAUAAUCAUGUGUGUGAACUCAAAUAUUGACUUGGCCUGCAAUAUCAUAGAAAAGCAAGCCGAAGACAGGGCUGUUCCAGAGAUCGAAGACAUGAUUGAGAGAGAUCUUGAGAGCCGUAGACGCCAUCGUGCCACUCGCCCCGAUGAGCCAUAUUACGACAGCAACGCAAGCAGGUGGUCCAUGACAAUCCCCAACCCUUAUAAGUUAAGUCCAAACCUGAAGGGCUUAAAUGCUGAACAGAUGGCGAUCUACGAAGAAUUUGGUCGUCAGCCUCGCAGCAUUGCUAACGCCGCUCCAUCGCAUGCUCCAUCUACCUCGGACGCCACCCGAUCUCUUGCCAAUGAAGUUCUCCAGGAACAGUACAGUACUAUCCCAACCAUACCUACACCGGCAGAGACACCGGCAGUGCAGCACAUCGGGAACCAAUUGCAACCCUAUCCACAUGUUCACUCGGGUGGAUCAAACAGUAUCCCUAAUAGUCGCGCCCCAGCGUAUCAUAUGGAGAUGCGUGUAUUGGUGGAACGAUUGACAAAACUUCUUCAAGAGCUUCUACGCGUAUCCGGUGAGGCUCGGGAAGAUCACUUUCUGGGUCUUCCUCGGCCCCAUCCAGUUCUGGAUGUUGUCGAUGCUCUUGUUCAACUGAUCAUCAAGGCAUCCCAAAGCUCUGAGGAAUUUGUCAUGUAUGCUGUUGAACAGAUCAGCGGGCUUAUUUUCCAACAAGUCGAGGAUAAUCUGUCACUCGAGAGCCUGGUACAUGUGCUUGAGACAGUCAGGAAGAUUUCCGGUCCUACCGUCAAUACUCGCGUCCGUGCGUUGUUCAGCCAACAACCUGGCCAUACUUACCUCAACCUGCCAUUACUUGCAGCGCUGAUACGCACUGACUUGAUCGAUUGGAAAAUCGUUGACCAGACUUUGUCGAGGGCCUUAGACGCGCGCAAGGAGGGCUCACUAGAAUUUUUGGAACAUGUCCUGGACCUUGCUCUCCUCAACAACCGCCCGAUCGCGCUCUUCACCGACUUCGUUCGAACCCUUGAAGCAGGAUGGACUUGGAUCUCUGAGGAUCCUACCUCGGGCCCCGGUCAGCGACUGAAGACGAAACUUAUCGGCCCGGGAGUAUCUCAGCCUCCUGAGGGCGAGGAUCCAGCUGCAUAUCGACGCGACCAAAUGGAGUACGUAUUUGAGGAAUGGGUGUAUCUCUGCAACAAUUAUAAUGCUUCAGGAAAGGCUACCCACAUCUUCAUCCAGCAGAUGUGCGCAAAGCAGGUCAUCCGUGACACAGACGAUUUCUUCCAGUUUAUCCGCAUCGCUAUCGAUAUGUCGGUGGAUCGCUUCGAGCAAAUGCUGCAUAAUGGCAACGUUGCGGAUGCCUAUACGAUGGUGGAUGCUCUUGCCACAAUGAUCAGUAUCUUUAUCAGCGCAUUCCAAGAAGCUCCAUCAAGGACAAGCUUCGUGGACUCGGUUCUGGCACUGAUUGGCCUUGUGCUCAACCAUCACCAGGUGACACGCGGCGAUCAAAUGAACCAGCGUGUCUUCUUCCGCUUAUUCUCGAUGCUCCUACAUCAAUUGCUUACUAUUACGGAAGAAGUGUCAGACGACGAACGCAGGCAGAUACUCCUCAAGUUUGCGGCCAGGUUUGCUGGAUUGGGACCAAUAAGAAUCCCAAGCUUCACUUAUGGCUGGCUUUUGCUCAUUCAACACCGAGCAUUCCUCCCCACGAUUCUGCAGAUGCCGGACAACGAGGGCUGGACGCCUUUUGCCAAUCUCUUGGUCCAGUUGCUGGAAUGCCUCGGUGAACAACUCAAGGCGGUUACUGUUUCGCCCGUGGCAAAGGACAUUUACCGGGCGACAUUCAAGCUUCUUGUCAUUCUACAGCACGAUUUCCCAGAAUUUCUCAGUGCAAACCACAUCAAGCUGUGCGCCAGUAUCCCUCCGCACUGCACCCAGUUGAUCAACACGAUUCUCGCAGCCAACCCUCAGCAAGGUUUGAGUAAGAUGGACGAGGCAAGGGCGGCUCAUGACUCGGCAGAGGAAGCAACAGAUAUACUACGAGAAGUAGGCCUACUUGAUAUGAUCGACCAAGCUCUCGACAAAGGUCCUUCGGAAGACGUCGUCGCACAAAUUACCCACACAAUAACGUCCGGCAACGGACAAGACACAAGCUAUGGGUACCUUCCCGUCACGGUCAAUGCACGUGUAGUCGGCGCAGUGGUCAUGCAUAUCGGCCAACAUGCUGCUGACCGCCUCCCAAGGGCAGGUGGUACGCCGAGCUUCCAGGGUGGAGAGCCUGAAGUAGCGAUGCUUUCUUUGCUGGUUCACGAGGUUCCAGCAGUUGCGCGAUAUUAUCUUCUUGCAAACGUUGCCAAUCAUCUCCGGUACCCGAGCGCCUCUACCGACUUCUUCAGCUCGGCCCUCCUUCAUAUCUUUAGCAAGGACAUGGAUGAUCCUGAAGAGACGGAGAUUCGACAAGACAUUACGCGAAUCCUGUUGGAACGGCUUUCAGGGUUCUGGCCACAGCCAUGGGGGCUCAUGUAUACGGUACUUGAGCUUCUCAAAAACGAGAAGUACCAAUUCUUUGACUUGCCGUUCAUCAAGGCCGAUCAAGAGGUCACCGAACGAUUCGUUUCUAUUUUGCAGCGGGGUUAG